GGCUCAUCGAUAGCCUGACUUUUAUACCUCCAAUCAAAUAUACCUAUUGAAAAAGGGGUAAUAUACGGGGGACGGAGAAACACAUUGCAGUGCCAAACUAUUGACUCGCUCUCGCUCCCUCUCCAAGCUACUUUUCACCUAACACCAAAAAAAAAAAUAAAAUUAUGACGGCCUUGAAAAUAUGCCGCCUUUGACCACUCACAAAGUUCCCGUUCUAUGCAUAAAUAAUAGAGAGCAUGAAAACAGAAGAAGACUUUCUGUUGAGAGUAGAUGGCGAGGAAAGCCGCCGAGUCUGUGGUUGAGUCGAUUGGAUUGGGAUACGAUCUGACCCUUGAUCUCAAGCUCAAAUACUGCAAGAAAUCCUCAAAGUUGAUAACCAUCGCCGAUCAUGAUCACGUCCGCGACAUCGCCGUUUCUGGAGGGAUUUUGGUUCGUAAUGUUCCCAAAUCUAUCAAAUGCGAUAAGGGGGAGCGGAUCAGGUUCACAUCUGAUGUCCUCUCUUUCCAGCAGAUGUCAGAGCAGUUUAACCAGGAACUCUCCCUGUCUGGUAAAAUUCCUUCGGGCCACUUCAAUGCUGCAUUCGAAUUCACAGCAGGUUGGCAAAAAGAUGCUGCCAACACUAAAACCCUCGCUUUUGAUGGCGUUUUCAUAACUCUUUACAACAUUGCAUUAGAGAAAUCCCAGGUCAUGCUGUGUGAUCAUGUCAAACAAGCUGUCCCUUCAUCAUGGGAUCCUCCUGCAUUGGCUAAGUUUAUUGAGACGUAUGGAACCCAUGUUAUUGUUGGUGUGAAGAUGGGUGGAAAAGAUGUUGUAUAUAUGAAACAACAACAUUCAUCAGUUCUCCAACCGAUUGAAGUACAAAAGAAAUUGAAGGACUUGGCAGACAAAAUGCUGAUAGAAGAAACUCGACAUAAAACCAAGAGAGAAAAGGUUUUUAAAGAAAAUGGGCUAGAUUCCAUGGACAUGUUUCCAACCAGUUCUUAUUCUCAUGUGGAGUUGCAGGAUAUUAAAUUCAUUUGCAAAAGGAAAGGAGGAAAGUUGAAUACAAGUUCAUGGCACAGUGAAUGGUGUCAAACUGUUCAGUCUGAACCGGAUGUGAUCUCCAUGUCUUUUAUCCCAAUCACAUCAUUGCUUACUGGAGUUAAUGGGAGUGGAUUUUUGACCCAUGCCAUCAACCUAUACCUUCGUUAUAAGCCUACAAUAGAUGAACUACACCAGUUUUUGGAGUUUCAGCUUCCAAAGCAAUGGGCUCCAGUGUUUGGUGAGCUGCCCCUUGGUCCUCAAAAGAAGCAACAAAAUAGUGCAUCAUUGCAGUUUAGCUUCAUGGGCCCCAAGCUUUAUGUUAACACAACACCGGUUUAUGUGGAUAAAAAGCCUGUAACUGGCCUUCGACUUUAUUUGGAAGGUAAAAGGGGCAACUGCUUGGCGAUUCACUUGCAGCAUCUUUCCUCACUGCCAAAGACAUUUCAGCUUGAGGAUGAACGAAGCACCUGUGUCUCUAAUCCCUCUUCUGAACGCAAGUACUAUGAAAAGAUCCAGUGGAAGAGCUUCUCUCAUGUCUGCACAGCGCCUGUGGAGUCUGAUGAGGAACUGUCUAUUGUUACUGGUGCUCACUUUGAAGUUGGAGACUCUGGCUUGAAGAAAGUUUUAUUCUUACGGUUGCAUUUCUCCAAGUUAAUAGGUGCAAAAGCUAUCAGGCAGCCUCAGUGGGAUGGCUCUCCUGCCUUGACCCAAAAAUCUGGGAUUAUCUCAACGUUAAUCAGCACUCAUUUCUCAAGUACUCAAAAACAAGCUCCUCCUCCAACUGAGGUCAACAUAAACUCUGCCGUUUAUCCUGGGGGCCCUCCAUUGCCCAGCCAAGCACCAAAACUUCUGCGGUUUGUAGACACAACAGAGAUGACCAGAGGACCGCAAGAUUUACCUGGGUACUGGGUUGUCUCUGGUGCAAGGCUCAUGGUUGAAAAGGGAAAAAUAUCAUUGCGAGUAAAAUACUCUCUCUUGACUGUGAUAUUACCAGAUUAGAGAUAACAAUUAGACAGCAUGGAUCAGUUCCGGUUUAGAUGAGGCAUUGUUGAUGUUCCUACAACGGCUGAUGUUUCUCUGAAGGCGUCUGGGCACUGUUGAUAUUUAAUUAUUCAUACAAUAAUAUGUGUGUUUGAGCUGAACGAUUCAACUUGGUUGUAUAUAUUAUAGUAUUCCCCGGUUUGUUGUUUUUAUUUCCAUAUUAUUGUUUCUUUUAACGUUGUAGAUAAUUGUAUUUCUAAAUGCUAUGGAACAUUUCUUGAGAAAUCUAGCUGCCGAUGACAUCUCUUUUCAUUAAGUUCCUACGUUGAGUUCACUUUU